CUGCGCUAAGCGUCUGCGCGGCUCAAUAGCCGCUGGCUACCGGGAAAAAGUUGACGUUCAUUCGACAACCACCAAAAGACUCCUCUGGUUGUGUCUCCAACCCGUAACGCUAUUCGACAAUGUUCGGCGCAUUCCGCAUUACGAAUCCUCUCUCAAGUGGCCUUCUUUGGAAGAUCCCCUGGCGGUUGUCCAAGUUCCAGAAACGCCGCCACCGACUUCGCCUGCGAGCUGUCGACAAUGUUGUAGCAACUGUUGAUGCAGCUCUCGCCAAGAAAGGACAGACCCUCGAGGCUCUUGAGCGAUGGAAGGCUGAGAUGCCCACCGAGGCUGAGAUGCUACCAAAGGACAAAUAUACCAUGUUCGACCGCAAGGCCAAGCGUUACCGCAAGGGCAUUCACAAACUGCCCAAGUGGACAAGGGUAUCCCAGCGAAUCAACCCUCCUGGUUACUAGAAAGGCGAUUUUGCAGAAUUGGAGGAAGGACAAUCGAGUUGAGGAUCUAACGGAGAACGGCGUAUUCAUCCCAUGGCGGGAUUUGCAGGCAGAUCCGCAUUGGGAUCUAUGUACAACACCUAUGUUUCACCUACGAACUUGAGAGGCAAUGUGACGACCACAUUUCCCGAUAUGAUACAUAACAAAAGGCUUUGGAGACGGUCUCAAAUGCUGGUGAAGGAGCAGACCAGUGGCACGCAUUGGGAUAGAAGAUAAGGAAAGAAAUACCAUAUAUGCACAUAGAAGAGGGGAUGCAGCUAUUU